GUAGAGUUGAAACAGCUGUUAGUUGAUAGUGAGUUUUAUUAAAUAAUAAAUGUUAUGAUUUUUUAAGUAUUUAGUAAACUGCUGUGUAGAACUUUAAAAUAAUGGCUGAUCCGCGGUUAAUGCCUGAGGAAGAACUACCGAAAAGGGAGCUAAAAGUAUUUGGUCGCGACGUUUCCCAAAUUCCAUGCUUUCGUAAUAGUUUCCUUUACGGUAUUGGCGGUGGUGUAGCAUUAGGAAUUGCGACAUUCUUGGGCACUUCACGUACACGUCUAUCAACACACGUUGGAUUUGGUACAUUUUUUACCGGCACCUUUACCUAUUGGAUAGUUUGCAGGUACCAAUGGUCAAAAACACGUUUUGAAUAUCAACAACUAAAGGAGGCUAUGCGUAAACAGGCAUUACACGAAGGCACCGAAGUAGAGCGACAACUUUUAGAAGAUGCCUAAGAUUUGCCUAAUAUGUAUUUAAAAUAUAAUUUAUAAGUAAUAAGUGUAGAUAUGUAUAUACAUAUAUUACACCAAUAAUGAUUGUUAAGAAAAUUGUUGAUAAUUUGUUAAUAAUGCUUAAAUAUAUGACCUUUUAAUAUCAAAAAAGUAA